UAAUUAUUUUUAUAAGAUUAUUACUGUUAUUAAUUACUAUACAUUUAAUAAUGUCAUAAUUGGGAUAAAAUCAGAUUUAAAAAAAAUACAUUUGUGUUAAUAGUGAUCAAAGUGAAAAUGCUGCUAUUUUAAACAUUUACAAUUAUUACAAGCUUGAAGAUGAAUAUUAUAGCAGGAUGUUUGGUUGAAUUGUCCCUUUAACCCACAUGGUGGUUGUAACAUGAGGGGAACAAAUGAUGUUAUAUAUUAUGCAUUUAGUGUUUGACAGUCAAUUAUACUGGUAAAAACAGGCAGAAUUCCGGCAGACAUCAUUUAUGUCACAUAAAGCAAUAACUGAUAAACAGAAAGGUGAGAGACUGCUUAUCGCAGAUAAUUUCAUAAACUGUUUACUUUUAGGGAGUUUCUGGUCAGGAAAAAACACCCAAGAACAGUUCAGGAGCAGGAAAAUUGUUCAGUGUAAAAUGACAAGGAGGCGGAGUAUGAAAAAAACUUUAAGUAGGAGAUUUGACCUUUGGCUAGUGCAGCUCCUGUUCUCUCUCUCUCUUUCUCCAUUAAUCUCAGUCAGUCACAGGAGGUUCUCAAAGCUGAUGGAAGGAGCCUCAUACAACACAGAGCAGGACAGAAGCAGCUCCAAACACAGGGAAAACAUCCAUUAUAAUCACUAACACCUGUAAGAUAGUUGAGGAAAAUAAAUAUCAAAACUUUGCAAUUUUGAUUUAGGCUUUAUUUUAUCAUUUCAAACCAUUUAUUUGAAUAAAAAGACUCAACACCUUAAUCCAGCAUAAAAUGUUAAUCUCAAUAGUUUUUCUCCUCAUCCUAAAUCUUGUGCCUACUUUUCAAGGCACACUUAGCGAGAAUAAAAAAGACACUAACAAAUCUAAGGACCACACUAUUAGCCAUAAUGUUCCCAAGCUAGCAACCACAACAUUAACCACCAAAGUGAAAAUCCAGACUCAUGCUGGUUCUUUAAAAAGUAGUAGUGCCAAUCAGACUCAUUCAACCACCACAAAGCCUCUUGUGGAUGAUGCCCAAAAACCUGUGCCUUCUCUCCAAGACACACUAAGUGCGAAGAAAAAUUCUACUACUAGAUCAAAAGUGAAUGCCAUUAAUCUAAAUGUUCAGAAAUCAGUAACCACAAUUUCAAACACCAAAAUGAAAAACCAAACUCAUCCCACUUCCUCAAAACCUAGCAGCAGCAGUCAGACUCCUCCAUCCACUACAAAGCCUGCUGUAGAUGGUGUCCAAAAUACUGGGCCUACUCUUCCAGGCAAACUUAAUGAAAAUAAAAACUCCACUGCCAGGUCAACAGUCCAUACUGGUAAUCCCAAUCUUCCAAAUCUAGUAACUGCAGCAUUAAAUACCAAAAUGAAAAACCAGACUCAUCCGACUUCCUCAAAAACAACCAGCGUCAAUCAGACUCUUCCAUCCACUACAAAGCUGGUUGCUGAUGAAAGCACACUUAGCGAGAAAAAAAAUUAUACUGUUAAGUCAACAGUCCAAACUAUUCAUGUUAAUGUGUCAAAGACCAACACCAAAUUGAAAAAACAUACUCAAUCUACUUCCUCGAAAACUAGCAAUGUCAAUCAGCUUCAAAACAUUGUCCAGAAACAUGUGCCUUCUCUUCAAGACCCACUUAGUGAGAAGAAAAAUUCCACUGUUAAGUCAACAGCCCAAACUAUUAAAGUUGCAGCUACAUUAUUAAAAACCAAAAUGAAAGACCAAACUCAAUCCACUUCCUCAACAACUAGUACAGUGAAUCAGACUCUCCCAUCAUCUACAAAGCCUGAUGUGGACACUGUCCAGAAACCUGUGCAAACUGUACAAAACACGCUUAGUGAGAAGAAAAAUUCAACUACCAAGUCAGUCAACACUAUAAAUGUUAAUGUAGAGAAGCCAACAACUAGAUUAUUAAAAACCAAAAUGAAAGAGCAAUCUCAAACUACUUCCUCAACAACUAAUAGAGUGAAUCAGACUCUCCCAUCAUCUACAAAGCCUGAUGUGGACACUGUCCAGAAACCUGUGCAAACUGUACAAAAUACGCUUAGUGAGAAGAAAAAUUCUACUACUAAGCAAGUCAACACUAUUAAUCUUAAAGUUGAGAAAACAGUAACUAUAUUAUUAAAGACCAAAAUGAAAAACCAAACUCAAUCUACUUCCUCAAAAAAAAGUAGCAUUGAUCAAACUGUUCCAUCUACCUUGAAGCCUGCUGUAGAUGCUGUCCAGAAACCUGUGUCUUCUUAUCCAGCCUCAACUAGCGAGAAGAAAAACAUUACUGCCAAGUCAGUGGGCCACACUAUUCAUGUUGAUGCUUCAAAGCCAGUAAACACAAAAAUUAAAAACCAAACUUAUUCUGCUUCCUCAAAACCUAGUCGUGUUGAUCAGACUCUCUCAUCCACACCAAAGCCUGCUGUAGAUGUCCAGAAACCUGGGCCUUCUCUUCAAGGUACACUUAGCGAGAAGAAAAGUUCUACUUCCAAGUCAACGGCUCAAACUAUUAGUCAUACUGUUCCCAAGCUAACUACAUUAGUCAAUACCAAAAUGAAAAACCAGACCCAUCCUACUUCCUCAGAAACUCAGAUUCUCCAAUCUACCUCAAAGCUUGUUGUGGAUGAAAGCACAAUUAGCAAGAAGAAAAAUUCUACUGUCAAAUCAUUGUCUCAAAAUAUUAAUGGUAAUGUGUCAAAGCCAUUAACUACAUCAUUACACACCAAAACAAAAAAACAAACUCAGUCUACUUCAAAAAUUAUCAGUGGCAAUCACACUCUCCCAUCCACCACAAAGUAUGUUGUGGAUGAAAUCACACCUAGCAAGAAGAAAAAUGUAACUGUCAAGUCAACGCACCAAACUUUUAACGUAAAUGGGUCAAAACCAUUAACUACAUCAUUAAACACCAAAAUGAAAUCUAAAAUUCAAUCGACGUCCUCAGAAAUUAGCAGUGUCAAUCAGACUGUUGCAUCUACUGCAAAGCCUGUGGUGGAUAGAAUCCAGAAUCCAACUAAAGACAAACCUGCAGAGAGUUCACCAGUUAAAGUAGUCAUCACUGAGGGUUGUGUUCCACAGACAGAGUCUAAGACAGAUGUAGGUAACGUAACCAAAGUACGAGAAACAGAGCUCAGUCUGAAUCCUGGAUCUCCUCUGGUUAUGACUCAUCACAUCAACCUGGUACAAGGAGCCUGCACAGGAGGUUGUGAGACUGAGAUGGCCACACUGAGAGACAGAGUUGAGUUUCUAGAGAAGGAGAUGGCAGCAAUUAAAAAAAAUUGUGUUCAGUGCUCCAGAGAGCAAUGCCCUAAAAACUGUAGUGGCCAGGGCAAGUGUGAAGAAGGAAGAUGUGUUUGUUUCCAGGGCUUCAGUGGCCCAGACUGUAGUGGCAAAACCUGCCCCUCUAACUGCAACAUAAAAGGGAAGUGUGUGAAGGGAAAGUGUGUGUGUCAGACUGGUUAUACAGGCCUAGACUGCAGUAAGGCUGUUGACAAGCAGAUCACAGUCACUGCUGAAACUGUGACUAUGAAGAUACCCACUGCCAAAACGGAUACAAAACCUGUGAAAGCAAAGCCAGACAAGAUCGUAUUCGUGAAAAAGACAGACACAAAGGACCCAAAGAAAAACACCACAGCCAAGCCAACAGUGUAUCCAAGUCCAACCGUGUCUCCAGGUAAAGUCCAGUCCAAUAUCACAAAGAGAGACAAGGUUAUUAAGACUAUUGGGCAAGUUCUGCUAAAUCGUGAAGGCAAAAGACGUCAAGAGCAAUCUAAAGAGGCCACAACAACAAUCAUAAAACUGGACAAACAAUCACAAACUGAUCUCACUGACAAGUCCAAGAGAAAUACUCUUAAAGAUGAGCCUGUCUAUCAGAAUGUGACUCAAAUAUCUGUGAAGAAGGUUAAUGGAACCUCCAAAAUUCUAGAGAAUGGGUUUAAAGGCACCAAAGAAUCAUCUAAUGCAACUAUGUCCAAGACAAAGGUCACUAUGAGAACUGCAGGUGAUAGAGCGAAAGAAAGCAGGGCUAUUAAUGUUACAUCUACUGAAAAAGACAAGCAGCUAUUGGACAUCAAUGUUACAACAGCUCUCCAAGCAGAGAAGUCGUCUGAUAAGCAUGUAAAUGGGACAAAUUUUGAAUCCAAAACUCAUACAAAGCAUUUUAACAAAACUAUCAGCAGAUUAUCAGUUAUUGGAUCAGUUGAGGUUCAUAAUAUCACUUCUACCGGGUUCAUUAUGUCUUGGGAAGCUCCUCGAGACAUGUACAGGAACUUCACUAUAACAAGAAGGGAAAUCAGAGGAGGAAAUGAAGAUUCUGAGAAAAUUCAGGAUGGAGCAGUGGGUGAAAAUGUAACAGAAUUCCAAAGUCCCAGUUUAAACAGAACAUCAACUAUAGUCCAAAGUAGCAAACUUGAGGGAAGGACUGUGAAAAAGUUCUCCCAAGUUCUUGCUGGUACAACACGGUCGUAUUAUUUCAAAGGCCUUCAACCUCAAACGCAGUACUUGGUUUCGUUGUUUGGCUCUGGUCUUGGAGUACGAUCCAAAAUUCACCGCCUUACAUUAUCCACAGGCCCUGAGCCACCCACUGACUUGAUGUUCAGCAACAUAACAGAGACUUCCUUCUCAGUAUCCUGGACAAAACCUAAAAGCAUAGUCGCAGAAUUUAAAGUCACAUACACCAACACUGUUACUGGCGAGAGUGGCUCCAUGUCAGUUGACUCCCAGCUGUCCAAUGUUCUCCUGUCUAAGCUCUCUGCUGGCUCCAAUUAUGACAUUACCGUGACCUCAGUUCUGGAGACACUCGAAAGCGAGCCAAUCACAGCCUCCGUCACUACAGUGCCGGAUUCUCCUACUGAACUAAAGGUGUUAAACAUCACAGACACUAAAGUUCUGCUGGUAUGGAAGCCAUCACAAGCUAAAGUGGACAGCUAUAUACUCAGUUAUGGGACUACAAAAUCUCCUAAUGUGACUAUCACAGUGACAUUAUCUGGCAAUACUAUGGAGCAUCAACUCAGAGGGCUCCAUAGAUCUUCUUUAUACAUGGUGAAAAUCACAAGUCAAGUCAACCGGCUCCAGAGUAGCCCAGUCUCCACAACCUUCACAACAGGAAGUGGAGUGAAACUUCAGGUCGUGACUCCUGAUGAGGUGACCUUUCACUCAGCUGUUAUUUCAUGGAGGGCUCCCCGUGUGGCUUUCAAAAGUUAUAAGCUCACAUACCAGCUGAGUGAGGAAGUCAAGGAGGUGAUUUUAAAUCCAUCUGUGACAUGUUAUGAGCUGACUGGACUGGUAGCCUUUUCAGACUAUACUGUAAAAAUAGAGGGAGAAAGAGAUGGACAGUACAUGAGUUUUGUCUCGGCUGAGUUUACCACUUCCCAGCUCCCGCACCCAUUCCCCACAGACUGCUCAGAGGUACAGGUCAACGGGAUGAAAGAGUCUGGAGAAGCUGAGAUCUACCCUGAAGGGAAGGAUGGAGAGCCAGUCCGGGUCUACUGUGACAUGGAGACUGAUGGAGGAGGCUGGACAGUAUUCCAGAGGAGAAUGGAUGGAUCUACUGAUUUCUUCAGGAGCUGGAGAGACUACAGUAAAGGCUUUGGUCUCCUGAGUGGGGAAUUCUGGCUGGGAAAUGACAUCCUUCACACUCUUACCAGUCGUACACCAAUGAGCCUGCGGAUUGACCUGCGUUCAGGAAAUGACACAGCCUUUGCUCAUUAUGCCAACUUCAACAUUAGCUCAGAGGCUAACCACUAUGUAAUUGAGCUGUCUGGAUACUUUGGCACUGCUGGUGAUUCCAUGAAAUAUCACAAUGGCCGUCCAUUCUCCACCAUAGACAAAGACCCAAACAUACUUAGCAUUCACUGCGCUAAGGCCUACAUGGGAGGCUGGUGGUAUAAAAAUUGCUACAAGGCAAACCUCAACGGCCUCUAUGACUCUUAUUUAGACAACAAGGGUGUGGUGUGGAUAGACUGGAAGGGUAAAGAUGCAUCCCUCCCAUUUACUGAGAUGAAGCUUCGACCCUCCUAUAUCAGUCAAACGAUCCUGACAAACCCCAACAGCCCAAGGUUAAAUCUACAGAGUAAAUAGUGCAUAUAGUGCAAAUACGCUGUACAAACUUCUACACACUGCUGCUUCAGUACUGUAUAUAGGUUAACAACAUACACACAAAGUAAAGUAAAUAUGCAAACAACUUCCAACCGAUCACAGCAACUUUUGUAGGUUAAUAUAAAGUUGUUGUUUUUUUUAUGUUAUUGACUUUAUGCAUGUGUCAAUGUACUUGUGUUAAUGAAGGUCCAUCAUUGAUAUUAACAUUCCCACUAACUGCACAGUCUACUAUUGGUACUAUUUUUUUAAUCCUUUCAUAUGACUGGUUUAGAGUUCCUCUCUAUGAAAUUGUUUUCAUUUUGAUGUUUUAAGAUAUGUAAACAAAAUCAAUAAAACAAAGUACU